AUGUUUGAGCCAAUUGAGACUCUGAACCACGACGAGAAGCCUGUGCCAGUUAUUACUACGGCAGUGGAGAUCCCAGGAGAAGAUAUCGUCCUCCAGCGAUACAUUCCCGAAAUUAACUGGAAGAACGCGACAUCUCAUCCUGUGAGCUCCACGGUAAAUGAGAUAUUUCGUAAGCAUGCUCUCGAGCGUCCAGAUGCCCCCGCAGUCUGUGCCUGGGAUGGUACAUAUACAUAUCGCGAGCUGGCAGAGCGUUCCGCUGGCGUCGUCACCGUUGCCCUGCAUGCGGUCCUCCAGGCGGGCGGAGCCUUUGUGCUGUUGGAUCCCAGUCUACCAGUGGGUCGCUUGCAAGCUAUCUUUGCAGAGUCGAGGGCACAAAUGAUUAUCUCGUCAGCUGCAACAGCUGGCAUCGCGGCAGAGAUUAGCGCAGACUCGAUGAUAAUGGAUGAUCAACAAAUUCCUCAUCCAUCUACUGAGUCUUCCGAUGGACUAGUCAAUCAGCCCGAAAACGCGCUAUACAGUGUGUUCACGUCAGGCUCCACAGGAACACCUAAGGGCUUCCUAAUGGAACAUCGCGCGCUGGUGACCUGCGCAUUGGCGUGUGGCCAAUCGCUGGGGUUGAAUAAGAAUUCGCGAACGCUCCAAUUUUCGUCCAAUUCUUUUGACCUGGCGACAUUUGAGCAUCUGAUUCCGUUUAUCUUCGGCGCCUGCAUUUGUAUUCCUUCCGAAGAGGAGAGGAAGGGUGACCUCACCAAGGCCCUCCACAAAUAUCAAAUCACCCUUGCCAUGUUGACCCCCUCAGUAAGUCGACUAUUGGAGCCCGAACAUUUGCCAAUCCUGAAAACCGUGAUGCUGUGCGGGGAGCCUGUACUUAGUGAGGAUGUGCGCCGGUGGUCUUCAUAUGUUCACCUGCAUAAUGGCUACAGCCCCGCGGAAGCUGGGUGCAUCACUAUCAUGAACGAGGCAAUGAACGAGGCCGACCCGAACAACAUAGGAUACUCGCUUGGCAUCACCCCAUGGGUCGUGCAUCCGGACAACUAUGAUCAGCUCCUGGAGGUUGGGGAAGUAGGAGAGCUGAUAAUCCAAGGUCACACUGUGGGUAGAGGGUAUUUUGGCCCCCGCAAGGAAAGUCAGUCGACCUUCAUUGAUGCUCCGGCCUGGGUCGGAGAUUUUAUCCGUGAAUCCUACGGAUCAUUUUAUAAGACUGGUGAUCUUGUCCAGUUCAACAUGGACGGCUCCAUGCAGUUUCUGGGUCGCAAGGACUCCCAAGUCAAACUCCACGGGCAGCGUCUGGAACUGGGCGAGAUUGAGCAUCAGCUGCGACAAUAUUUCCCGGCCCCUCACGCAAUGAUCGUCGAGUUGGUGACGGCAGAGAAUCGGGAGCCGAAUCUAAUUGCGUUUGUGAGUCGCUCUCAAGACAUGACCAGCAUGGUCGCGCAUGACAAUCUCUUCCUGGUGCCAGACGAGCAAUUUAUUGCAGACUCGAGGAGGGCAGAAGGCACGUUGCGGGAGAAGUUGCCCGCGUACAUGGUUCCCUCGGACUUCUUGCUGCUCUCCCACCUGCCUAUGAUGCCUUCCGGGAAGACUGACCGUCGGUCCAUUCGAACUAUGGCUGCAAAUCUUGCGCCGAUGGAGAGGAGGAAAUACAGCAGUAUGCUAGCGACCUCUCAGGGCCAGCCAUCGACCAAGCUCGAAGAGUCUCUCGUACACCUCUGGGCAUCCAGCCUUAACAUUCCCAUUGACCAGAUCGGCACCCAGGACAAUUAUUUUAGUCUCGGCGGAACCUCACUUGACGCUAUUCGUCUUUCUGCGAGCGCGCGCAAACUGGGAUAUGCCGGCUUGUCUUCUGUCAUGGUAUUCAAGCAUCCAACUAUUCAGCUGAUGGCAGGCAUGUUGGAAGGGGCUAUAAAACAACCCAUUUCAAACAUGCCAUCAUCGGUAUCAUUCCAGCUGAACUCAACUGUGACAGAUCACCUCCUAGCCAAGUGUCAACUGCAGGCCAAUGAAUUGGAAGGAGGCUUUCUUCCCACCACUGCGUUUCAACAAAAGUCCGCCGGAUUGAAAUGCAUGCAUAUUACCCUGGAUACUUCCGGCCUAGAUCAUUCGCGGCUAGAGGCUGCUUGGGAGGCUGUUCAAAAGAAACACAUCUCCCUUCGGUCCGUUUAUAUCACUCAUGAUGGCUGUGUCUACCAAGCUUUCCUCCGCCAGCCUGAAACCGCGAUUUCCAUCCAAUAUUGUGACGAUCAACCAAUAAAGGAGGUUACAGCGAGCUUUUGCGACCGUGAUGCUGAGCCCGUUCUCAAUGGCAGCCGUUGGUGGAAGUUAACGAGAAUCAUCCAAAAAAGAGACAGCAGCAGUCUGCUCAUCAUCCGCACUACGCACGCGCAAUUUGAUGCCAUGACACUGAAUGUGAUAUUCAAGGACUUCAUGGCCGCCUUCGAGGGUCGCGAGCUAUCCCAAUGCGAGCUGCAUUUCUCCGACUACAUGACCAGUCGUGUCAAACAGAACUUGUCUUCACCAGUGAUGGACUUUUGGACCCAAUUCCUGCAUGGCUCCCAGAUGAGUCAACCUCUAUUCACGGACGCUUCCUCUGCCGACCUGCUUCCGGAUCAUAUUGGCAUGGUGUUUGUUAUGCGCCCAAUUACGCCGACCCCCAUCCUUCCCGUCGGAAUCACUCUCGCUUCUGUGUUCCGGGCUGCCUGGGCAUUUGUGCUUGGGAAUUAUACCGGCCAACAUGAUCUGGUGUUUGGUGAAUUUGUCGAAGGUCGCACGUUGCCUCUCGUGCAAGACGUGGAGAGUAUCACGGGAUGUACAGCAGCGGAGACUCCGAUGCGUAUUACCAUUCCCCAUCACGAGGGGGCCACCGUUCAGGAUCUCCUCUCGCACUCGCAGGCGCAAUAUGCUACUCGGCUGCCGUUUGAAACCUGCGAACUACCAGAUAUUGUUCCCCAUUGUGUUCCGUCUUGGCCAGUGGAGACUACUCGGUUCAGCCAUCUCCUAGUGUUGGAAAAUACCGAGGCGAUUCCCCCGGUCAUUGUCGAUGGGCAGGUGUGUGCGCAUAAUUGGGCGUUCCACGGACGCCUGGAAGAUGUGCAAGUGCAAUUAGUUCCUGGGAAAGAUACGUUGCAUGUCGCUAUCCUUGGACCGGAGAUUAGGCUGUCGCAAGAUAUUGCAGAUAUGCUGGUAGACAAGCUGGCGACGACUCUCGGUCAAUUUGUCUCGAUGCCCGAUGCAUUGAUCUCCAAGAUCAAAUGGUAA